AUGCAAGUUGAGGCUCUCUCCAACCUUGAGCAACCUACUGAAGACAGCUCCCUACGUCUUGAUGAUCUCACCUCUUGUAUUGAUAAUGACAAAGAGAGGGAGAAAUACCAGCAUGAGAAAAUUACCAUGGAGAACGUAGAUGCUGCCGCUGAUGCUGAAUUGCUAGGUAUUAUCCUUCAGACUAAGGAUGCCAUAACAACAAACGAUGAUGACACUAAUGAUGAUGAUGAUGCCAUGAUAGCUCCAGCUACUCACGAAGUCCUCCCCAUAACCUCUGUAUCAAAGUUUGGUGAUGAGGAAAAUGAUGAUGAAGAAGAUGUGGAUGAAGAUCCUCUCCUCCCUGAUGCUGGACAAGAUCUUGGAGAUGACGAUGAUGAGGAGGACUUCACUAUCCAGUACCAUCCAAGACUGGCUCCGGCUCAGAACGGUGUCUCCCUAAGGGAGUCAGCUUCCCAGGGGGAGAAAACCACAAGGAACCAGCACUCCUCCACCAAAGAUAAAGGAGUGGCUGAACAAGGUAACCCGCCAUCAUCUUCAAGGUGA